UCUCUCUCUCUCUACACACACACACACAUAUAUUUUUCCUCUUCUUUGUUAGCUUGAUCGCUCUCACUCGCCUCUUUGGGCGACAAUGGCGCUGCCUCUCUCUCUCUGCUUCUUGCUGAUAGUUUCUCUUCGCGCUGCAGCAGCCGUCCCCCCUCCUCGGUAUCUUGAUGGGUUUCUGGCAAAUGGCAACUUUGAACGAAGUCCGAAGCCGUGGAACCUGAAGAAGACGGUGAUAGCGGGGAAGCGGGCGCUGCCGGGGUGGGAGAUCGAUGGCCUGGUGGAGUACGUGUCGGGCGGGCCGCAGCCCGGCGGGUUCUUCUUCGCGAUCCCGCGCGGAUCCCACGCCGUGAGGCUGGGGAACGAGGCGUCCAUCUCACAGAAGCUGGUUCUCCGGCCUGGCGCCGCCUACACUCUGACGUUCGGCACCACCAGGACGUGCGCCCAGGACGAGGUACUGAGGGUCUCCGCCGGGCGCUACUCCGCCGAUCUGCCAGUUCAGACUCUGUACAGCAGCAACGGCGGCGACACUUACGGCUGGGCGUUCAUCGCGCCUUCUAGGGUCGUGAAGGUGACGUUUCAUAACCCUGGGGUUCAGGAGGACCCCACCUGCGGGCCGCUCUUGGACGCCAUUGCCAUCAAGCAGUUGCUCCCUGUUAAACGCACCCCAGCAGGCAACUUGGUAAAAAAUGGCGGCUUCGAAACGGGCCCUCACGUAUUCAAGAACUUCUCCACCGGAGUUCUCCUCCCUCCCCACCGCCAAGACCGGGUUUCGCCGCUUCCCGGAUGGAUAAUCGAGUCCAUGAAGCCCGUCAAGUACGUCGACUCCAAGCACUUCCACGUCCCGUCCGGGUUGGCGGCCGUCGAGCUCGUCGCCGGCAGAGAGAGCGCCAUCGCCCAGAUCAUCCCGACAGUCGCCAACAGGCUCUACAGCCUCUCCUUCACCGUCGGCGACGCCAAGAACGGCUGCCAUGGGACGAUGAUGGUGGAGGCUUUCGCCGCGAGGGAAACGAUCAAAGUCCGCCACGAGUCCGUGGGCAAGGGCGUUUUCAAGACGGCGAGUCUCAGGUUCAGAGCGAUCUCGAACAGAACGAGGAUUACUUUCUACAGCGGGUUUUAUCACGCCAACAUUCGUGACUAUGGCCACUUCUGUGGCCCUGUUCUUGAUGAUGUUCGGGCUGUUCCCCUCACUCGUUAAUUAAGUAGUUUCUUAUUGUUGUGGGAUAGAUAUAUGGGUAUAAGGAAACCACCCAGAAGAAUGGUAGUUCUUACUGCUUUCUUUAUUAAUCUUCUUGGAUUUAAAGCAAUCUAGUUAAAAUGGUUCGUAUAUUUUUUA